GCUUGUCGAACGCAUACAUAAGGCUUCGGAUCGCCCACCUCUUUCAGAAAGCCAAGCUCUUCAUCCUCGACAAUCACUCAACACGUACAGGACACUUCCUGGAAACACCACCUCAACAUGUCUAGCAGCACCCCGCCUCCUAAGGAGGAGUAUGAGAAGGAGGCCGUCGUCGACUCCCACCCCCACGAUGUGGAAGCUGGCUCUACCCACGGGGGUGGCCUCAAGCGAGACCUCAAGAACCGACACAUGCAGAUGAUUGCCAUCGGUGGUGCUAUCGGAGCCGGUCUCUUCGUCGGUUCUGGUGGCGCCCUGCAGAAGGGUGGUCCCGGAUCUCUGGUUAUCUGCUAUCUCAUCAUCGGUUUCAUGUUGCUGCUCACCACUAUGGCUUUGGCCGAAAUGGCCGUCCUCUACCCCGUCAACGGUGCCUUCUAUACCUAUAUUGUCCGCUUCGUCGAUCCCUCGUGGGGCUUCGCUGUCGGUUGGGAAUACGCUCUGUCUUGGCUCACUGUUCUCCCCUUCGAACUCAUCGCCGCCAGUAUCACCAUUGAAUUCUGGAGAACGGAUAUUCACAUGGCUGUCUGGGUCACUGUUUUCCUCGUUGCCCUCAUCAUUGUCCAGAUCUUUGGUGUUAGGGGAUACGGAGAAGUCGAAUUCGUUCUGUCUAUCAUCAAGAUCAUGGCCUGUAUCGGCUUCAUCAUCCUCGGUAUCAUCAUCAACUGCGGUGGUGUCGGUGACCAAGGAUAUCUCGGCGUCAAGACCUGGCACGAUCCUGGUGCUUUCACCAGCUUCAAGGGUUUCUGCUCUGUCUUCGUCGUGGCUGCCUUCGCCUUUGGUGGUACCGAGAUGGUUGGUCUAGCUGCUGCCGAGUCUGCCAACCCCCGCAAGUCCAUCCCCACUGCUAGCAAGCAGGUCUUCUGGCGUAUCGCUCUCUUCUACGUCAUCAACCUGUUCAUCGUCGGAACUCUCCUCAGGAGCGAUGACCCCAGACUCAUGAACUCCAGCGGUGCUAACACCAAGUACUCUCCCUUCGUCAUGGCGAUUCAGGACGCCGGCAUCAAGGUUCUGCCCUCCAUCUUCAACGCUGUCAUUACCAUUUCAGUCCUUUCCGUCGCCAACUCUUGCACCUUUGGAUCUACCCGAACGAUGCAGGCUAUGGCCGAGCGUGGCCAUGCCCCCCAGUUCCUGAUGUACAUUGACUCCAAGGGUCGCCCGCUCUGGUGUGUUCUGAUCCAGCUUGCCUUUGGCCUUCUCGCCUACAUCGGAGAGUCCUCCAAGAGCGGGGAAGUCUUCAACUGGCUUCUCGCUCUUUCUGGUCUCGCUUUCCUCUUCGUCUGGGGCAGCAUUUGCCUGACUCAUAUUCGAAUGCGCGCUGGCUUCGCCGCCCAGGGCGUGAACCUGAAGUUGAUCCCUUACCGAACUCCCUUUGGCGUCAUUGGCAGUUGGGUCGGUCUCGGCCUCAACGUCCUCGCUUUGAUCGCUACUUUCUACUCUUCUCUUUACAGCCCGAGCGGUGCUCCCCCGGAUGCUGAGGACUUCUUCAUGUCCUUCCUGGCCGCCCCCAUCAUCAUUGCGCUCUACCUGGGCUACAAGAUCUACACCAAGGACUGGAAGCUGUACGUCAAGGCCCACGAGAUGGACAUCAUGGCCGGCAUUGUGCUGCUGGAAGAGGAGGAGCCUGUGGAGGAGAAGACCUGGGCCAGCCUGCCUAAGCGCAUUCUGAAGGGUCUCUUCUAAGACACUAUGAGAGAGAUUUAGAGAGGGAGAAGCCGGAUACCCAUUUUGUAAGAAGAGCAGAGAAGACUGGGCAUAAGGACGCCCAAGUAUACCCAGUUUUGCUGUAAGUUGAAUACGAGCGAGGAAUACGUUCUUCAGGGAGUUCACAAUAGAAGAAGCAAAUCAUAUUCACAUACUCGCUGUAUUUAUUAUUUGAUCCGAAGAAGAUUUAAUGUUAGUGGCAAAUUCAUUUCUAACUUGGGCUUGAACACCAAUCGUGUGAAGAAUUAAUUUAGCUUGCACAAAAGAAGAAGAAGAGAGGCCAAAAAAGAAAGCCUCGCAAACGCUCGCAAUCGAAAUAUAGGAAAAGCCCGAUGCGGGGGUCGAACCCGCAACCUUGAGAUCGCGCACUCGUAAGAGUCUCACGCUCUACCGAUUGAGCUAACCGGGCGUG